UGCAGGAACGUCAUUUCCUUGUUACCGGAAGCACAGGGCACAGCCGCACUCGGGUAGAGACUGUGCUGCAUUGUCGCCAGGGUUUUCAGGUAGAGAUGUAGUCUAACGAGUGGUAACUAUCUAAAAGCAUGGAAGACCUGACUGACUUCUUGAGACGAAGAGAAGUCUCUGAGGAAAUAAUACAAACCCUGGAGAAUGAGAAGUGAAUUAUUUUUCCCUCUGUAGAUCGAUGCCAGUGUUAUAAAUCUGAUGUCAGAUGAGGAGCUGAAGACUUAUCUACCAUCAUAUGGUGAUCGCCUUGCAGUAUUUGGAUUUUGCAGACGGCAGGGCAACAGCCGAAAGUCGACGCUUUUUGAACGUCUGAAAACCAAAUUGUCCAAAAGAAAAACAUCUGAAGAUGGCAGCAGCACAGCGCAAGAACAUUCAGAACCAACCCAUAAAAGAAAUGCUCUGAAGACAAAGAGAAAAAUAGAAAUAGGAUGGAUGCAUUAUGAUGAAGAUGCUGAUGUUUUCAAGCAGGUUAGAGCUAGACGAGGAGGAGGGACAAGAAAAAUGGUAAUUUGCAAGGACGCUAAGAAAAGUGACAUAUUACAGGUUGCAAAAGAUCUGUUCUUUCCAAAUGGAGGAAAUGUUCGGGGGCCCUUAACAGAUUUUGAAUGUGAUCUAAAGGAUUAUCAAGAGAUGACAGUUGAUGGUGGAUUAACAGUUGGAGAAAUGUACAAUGUUACAAAACUAAAUAUCCUUAGGUUUUACCUGACCACAAAAAAAACCCAAAGCAGCCCAGGUUUGCAAUCAUCUUCUCAAGACCAAAACUCCUCUUCUUUUACUGUUGCUACAGUUUCUUCAUUUGCUCCUUUUGAACAAGUCAGCCCUGAUGUGACACAAACUGUAGACACUACAGACAAUAACCUUUCACUCUCUUCCAUGCAGGCUGUAAGUGAUAACUCUUCUUACAGCAGUGACAUUGUUUUUGUUGGACCCGUCUCUGACAGUGAGUCAAUAAAUUUGGACGACACCCUGGUUUUAACUCCACAACCUGGCCCAACCAGUGAGAGAAUGAAAAGAGUACUAGUCGUUCACAGAGGGCAGGUAAUGCCAGAGCUCAUUUCACAUUUUAGUGCUAAUGAUCUCGAAGAUGUUGACAUUAAAAUCCAGCUUGUACUGCCUGAUGGAACACCUGAAAAAGCUUAUGAUCAUGGAGGAGUUGUAAGAGACUGUCUUUCAGAAUUCUGGAAGGAAUUCUAUGACCAGUGCACCACUGGAACUGCUUACAAAGUGCCCUUCUUAAGGCAUGAUUUUGGGCAGCAGGAGUGGGAGAGUGUGGGCAGAAUCAUUGCAUUUGGAUGGGCCACAGAGAAAUAUCUCCCUGUGAAAAUUGCCCCUGCCAUUCUGGAACAAGCUGCCUUUGGAUAUGUGAAGAGUGAUAUUGUGGAGAAUUUUCUCAAGUUCAUGCCUGAAUCUGAGCGUACAGUGUUAGAGGCGUGGCAGUCAGAUUUUAGCAGUGUGGACCAAGAAGAACUUGUAGACAUACUUGAUAACCAGAGCUGCAGAAGGAUGCCAACAGCCUGCAAUGCUACCGAAGUCCUAAUGGAGCUUGCACACAAAACACUUGUCCAAGAGCCUGCCUAUGUCAUCGAACAGUGGGCGAAAACACUCAGCACUGCAGGUGAAAGCCUUUGUGAUCUGUCUUCAGUAUAUGAAGCCCUCCAACCAAAUGUGAGAAAGGUUCUCGGGUGUUUCACUUUUCCUGAAACAAUGACGACCCAUCAGAAGGUUAUUCAGAAAUACCUAACUACAUAUGUGAAGAAUGUUGAGAAGCAACAUUUGUGCUUGUUCCUUAGGUUUUGCACAGGUUCAGACUUAUAUCUUGGAAAGAACAUCAUUGUUGCAUUUAACGAACUUGAAGGUUUCCAGAGGCGACCUGUGGCACACACAUGUGGAUGUGUACUGGAGCUGUCAAUAAAUUAUGACAGCUAUCCUGAUUUUAGUUCUGAGAUGAACAGAGUGUUGGAAUCCAAUGUGUGGGUCAUGGACAUUAUCUAAUACUUUAAUUCACAAACACUGGAUCUGGACCCACAGAUUUGUACAAGAGAUUGUAUUUGAGUUGUGCACUAAAACAGAACUGUUACAAUGUGAAUCACAUGUUUCAAAACUGAUUCCUGAGAAAGUUAUUGGUGAAACACUAAUUGAAUUCAACUUGAGGUACAAAAUUAGAGACUUGAAUUUAUUUGUGUGUGUUCUUAUUACACGGCAAUAUGUUUUGAAAACACUUGAUUAAUGCACUUCUGCAGAGGUGUCAAAGUGGCAGCCUGGAGGCCUUUUUAUAAAAAUUCCUAUUGCCUCAUUCAGCAUCUGCGCAUACCAAGUUAAAAAUCAAAGUAUCUUUACACAUUUAUAAAUUUUUUCUAUAAUUUCAUUAGCCAUACUCAAUCCAAAAAAAGAAGGAAAAACUUAAUUUAAAUCUGACAGUUUAGUUAUCUAAUGUUAUAAAGUGAGAUUAUAGUGGCUCCUCAGAAGUUACAGUUUGAGACCCCUGCAGUAAUAUAGUUAAUAUAUCUAACAUGUUCUAUUAUAAUGCACAAGUUUUAAUGUUUACAAGUUCAGUUUUAUAUUAUAUGCCAGUAAUUCAAUAGUUAUUUUUUGUGCACCUCUAUUCAGCCAUCUGGGUUAUGGUGACUAUGUUGCUAAAAUGAGUGGCCAUAAAGCAUAAUUGAUAUAUUUUUAUUUUGGACUUAAGUGAAAUCAACAAGUGCUCAGCUGGGGGUUGUUUCUUGAUGUAUCAGGAGGGAUAAAAGUCUUGUUUCUCCCUUCUUUCAUUGCACUGCAUGACUGAUUUUUCUUAUUAACUUUUUUCCCCAAUAUUUUUUCAGCUUUAAACCUUAAUGUUUUUGGUUCAUAGAAUUUUAGGCCACUAUGUUCUUAUUUCAGAAAGUUUAGGACAUCUUUGUAAAAUCUUGCCAUUUUACCUGUUCUUAUCUUAAAUUCUUUGAUAUUUUACAAGUUUUGCACAUUUUUGAUUUGUGUAGUCACUUUUGUUUUAACUUACUGCUCUGGAUUAAAUGUUAAUUGCUAAGUGUCCCUGUUUUUGAGAUUUGUGUAUUAUAAUAAAGUA